GGCCGACGCAGGCAAGCUCAAGGAACUUUAACAAAUAGGGAAUAUUAUUUCCGUCUCGUUCUUCUUUUUAAAAAUUUCUGUUUAUGAAAGGUGAGAUUAAGAUGCAGAGUUUCCAUCUGUGUCACCAUUAUUGAGGGAAUACUCGAUGAGAAAUGAAACUUCCUUGUUUGAGUGCAGCGAGGAUUAUGUUUCCUGGGCGACGACAGUCAAAGUAUGUCAGCAUUUGACGGAAAUCCGCGAAAGAACGUGUUAGAGAGGCUAAGGGACAGAGAAAGAAGCAGGGACUGGUCUGCACUUGACAAGACCUACAGAAAUCGAUCGUGGUCAGCAGAUUCCUAUACAGGGGAGAAAUUUGUCCCUCCAAAGAAACCAGGAAGCCCUGCUUACCUCCCUAAACUUGAAAACCGGCCAGCCUCAGUGGAUUCAGAUUAUGAACAAGAUUUGAAACGUGGAAACCUGAAAGUCAUUCCUCCAUUACCUGCUGGAGAACAACAUGGUGUAUCCCGAAGGGAUGAUCAAAUCAAAAGGAAAAUUUCAAGAAAAGAAAAUCAGGCUUUUCAGGGUCAAAGCAGCAGUUAUCCAUAUGCAGCUCUGCCAUCUUACUAUCCCCAUCCACCUGUGGCACCCCCUCCUCACCCCCCUUUGAUGUACCCAGUUCCCAUGAUUCCAGUGCAUCCUGGGUAUGCACCUUGGAUUGUACCCCAGCAAGGCUUUAAUGGAGUCAACAGUGGUCUUUUUAAUGCACAUCAUGCUGAAAGACCACCUCACCAGUUAUCACGAUCUCAAGCAGCAGUUGUCAUCCAAAAAUAUCACAGAGGCUGGCAAGUCAGGAAGGGUCCUCGAUUUGCACUCUGGCGCCACAUGUGUAAUAGGAAAUAUUCAAGAAAAUUUGUAGAUGAUUUGAUUAACAGCUUUCUAAUUGAAGAACUUGUUCCAGAUGUCUUGAUUGAUGUUUUGGUUGGUAAGAAAUUCUUGUCCAUGCAAGAUCCUAGAUACAAAGCCAGUGAGAGGGUCUGCAAAGAGAUCAUUGAUCAAGAUGUAACUUCCUUUAUUCAUGAGGUCACCCUUGGUGUCUAUUAUGCUCAUCAAGGAAUUGCUUACUCCAGAAGAGAUCCGUCUGUAAAAGCAUGUGAUAGUAUCAUAGGUGAAGUCGUACAGGAAUUUGCUGGGCAAGUUGUGCGAUCUGUGGUGGAGGAAAAGGUUGUGGGUCACAUGGCUGUAAUCAAAGCUGGUGAUUGGUUAGAGGACUUCAUAUUGGAGACAAUUGAACCAAUGAUCCCAGUAGUGGUCUCUGAAGCCAUGGAUGGAUUCCAAAAUGAUGACCCACUUGAUGAAGUUAUCGAUGAGGUCAUAACGUCUGAAUUGAGACAAAUCGUUAUCGAUGUUUGGCGGGAAAUGAUGGAGGUUGACAGAGAGAAACAAGUGAAAAAGCUGUCUGUGUACGCAGAGGAUCGCCUGUUAGACUCACUGUGUCUUCAGCAUCUUCUGAGUCAGUUAGCUGGUGAUAAUCUGUCCUUUCACGUCAGAGGUUAUGCACAACAGGCUUUAGACGGCAUGUUGUGUGGAUUGCUGAUCCGUAAUUAUUUGGCCGUGAAUGAUCAACUGGAAGCGACACAAAGCAGCGCUGCUGUAAAAGAAUUUCAUGAAGAGGUUUUCUGUGAUGUGGCAUUGGAUGUUCUUUUGGAAGAAUUGACAGCAAAUCUGGAUGAAGACAUGCAAGAUCUACUAGAACACGAAAAUCAAAGAAAUACUUUCGACCUUUAACUUUCUAAGAACACUUUAAUACCUUUAAGCACGGACUGUUUUAAAAGCCAGUGAACGGGUCUAUUACAUAGCCUGUACGUAGAUUGUCUGCGAAGGAUUGGUCGGUAUAUCAGUAAACAAAUCCUACCAUUCCUGUUCACAUAUCUAAUAUCGUUCGGUCAUUCAUUCUUUCGGUUUGUAAUUCAUUCCUUUCUUCGUUAGUUCGUUCAUUCGUUCGUUCAUUCGUUCGUUCAUUCGUUCGUAUAUUCAUUCGUUCAUUCAUUCAUUCAUUCGUACGUUUAUUCGUUUUUUCGUCCGUUGAUUCAUUGAUGUGUUCGUUCUUACGUUCGUACAUUCGUUCCUUUUAUCAUU